AUCACAGAGGCCUUGUUAAAGGAAAGAGAUAAACAAGCAAAAUGGAAUGGGAUUCCCUUACUGUUGCAAAAGCUAUAUGAACAUAGCCACCCAAACAGUGAUUUCUCCCAGUGCCAAAGCAUCUUAAAGGAAAUUUCUCCACUUCUUUCAAUGGAAGCCAUGGCAUUUGUUACAGAAGAUAGAAAAGCUGCUCAAGAGUCCACUUUCCCAAAUACAUACACAUUUGAUUUAUUUGGAGGAGUCGAUCUUUUAGUAGAAAUUCUCAUGAGACCAACUCUUAUUACACAGAAAAAGAAGCAGAAAAUAAGCGAUGACCUCAUCAAGGACUGUCUAAGCAUACUGUACAACACGUGUAUAUGUACGGAAGGAGUCACGAGGCGAUUGGCGGAGAGAAACGACUUUGUGUUGUUCCUGUUUACACUGAUGACAAACAAAAAGACAUUCCUGCAAACUGCAACGCUCAUUGAAGAUAUCCUGGGAGUUAAAAAGGAAAUGAUACAACUGGAUGAUAUUCCCAAUCUUGCGAGCCUUGUGUCCAGUUUUGAUCAGCAGCAGCUUGCCAACUUCUGCAGGAUCCUUGCCGUCACCAUUUCUGAACUUGACACAGGAAGCGAUGACAAGCACACGCUUCUUGCCAAAAACGCCCAGCAGAAAAAAAACUUGGGUCCUUCUCGUGCUGAAAUUAAUCAAGCUACGCUUCUGAAUAUUCCAGGCUUCAUUGAGCGAUUGUGCAAACUGGCAACACGGAAAGUGUCUGAAACAACAGGUACUUCCAGCUUCCUCCAGGAGUUGGAAGAAUGGUACACCUGGCUGGACAAUGCGCUAGUCCUCGAUGCGCUGAUGAGAGUGGCAAAUGAAGAGGCAGAGCAGAGCAGUACAGAGUCUUCAGAUGAAAGUGGGUUGGCCAACACCUCAACACGAACACAGCUUCCGCAGUCCAUGAAGAUCAUGCACGAAAUCAUGUACAAGCUGGAAGUGUUGUAUGUUCUCUGCGUGCUGCUCAUGGGGAGGCAAAGGAACCAGGUUCAUAAAAUGAUAGCUGAGUUCAAACUGAUUCCUGGCCUCAAUAACUUGUUUGACAAACUGAUCUGGAGAAAGCAUUCGGCAUCAGCCCUUGUUCUGCAUGGACACAAUCAAAACUGUGACUGUAGCCCAGACAUUACUUUAAAGAUACAGUUCUUGAGGCUUCUUCAGAGCUUUAGUGAUCACCAUGAGAACAAGUAUCUCCUUUUAAACAGCCAAGAACUGAAUGAGCUGAGUGCAAUCUCCCAUAAAGCCAAUAUCCCCGAAGUUGAUGCAGUUGUCAACACAGACAGGAGUCUUGUCUGUGAUGGGAAGAGAGGUUUGUUGACCAGACUGCUUCAGGUCAUGAAGAAGGAACCAGCUGAAUCCUCCUUCAGGUUUUGGCAAGCAAGGGCAGUUGAAAGUUUUCUGCGAGGCACCACCUCCUAUGCAGACCAGAUGUUUUUCCUCCCGUGCCAGCAUAUUCUCUACUGCAUUGUUGAUAGUGAGUGCAAGUCACGAGAUGUGCUUCAGAGUUACUUUGACCUUCUGGGAGAACUGAUGAAAUUUAAUAUUGAUGCAUUCAAGAGGUUCAACAAGUACAUCAACACAGAUGAGAAGUUCCAGAUAUUUUUAAAUCAGAUCAACAGUUCAUUGGUUGACUCAAACAUGCUUGUUCGCUGCAUUACGCUGUCCCUGGACCGGUUUGAGAAUCAGUCUGAUGCUAAAGUUGCAGAAGUCCUGUCAGAGUGCCGCCUCUUAUCAUAUAUGUCCCAGAUGUCCAUGAGAAUGUCCUUUCUUUUCCGUCUCAUUAAUAUUAUUCAUGUACAGACACUUACACAGGAAAACGUCAGUUGUUUGAACACGAGUUUAGUUAUCCUAAUGCUGGCCCGAAGGAAAGAAAAGCUCCCGUUUUAUCUGCGCACUUUGCAACAGAUGGAAUAUACAGAAAAAUACCCAGGCUUCAUCCUGAACAACUUCCACAGUCUCCUGCGAUUCUGGCAACAGCAUUACCUCAACAAGGAUAAAGACAGCACCUGCUUAGAAAAUAGCUCAUGUAUUAGUUUUACCUACUGGAAAGAGACUGUAUCUAUACUGCUCAGUCCAGACCGGACAUCCCCCUGUGCCAUAGUUAGCUACAUCGACGAGGCAUAUAUGGACAUUGACAGAGACUUUUCCGAGGAGUAAUUCUUCGUUCUGACAUCGGAUGGACAGCGCUUGGAGGGUACUUGGCAGCCCGUGGAUUUUCAGGGAUACGCUGUGCAGUGUGCGUGUGCGGCUCGGAACGGUGGAGCGUUAGUGCAUUGUCAAAACCCCAGCCCCCUCCUGGUCCCCACCUCUGAUCUCUAACGGAUGAGACUUUGAAAGCUCUCUGGGCAACACAUUCAGGGAUGUAUCUUCCAGUUGUUCUGGGAUAAAAAUAAUCACCUGCAAAAACCAGCCUCUUUAUUUUUAUUU